AUGUUGAAGCCUCCCAGUGAUGAACCACUCCACGGAACUGCUGAGGAUGGGCUUGUUGACCUUACUGAUGUUGAUAUCCGUCUCCCACUGCUGGUUUAUGUCUCUCGCGAGAAGCGUCCAGGCUAUGAUCAUAACAAGAAGGCAGGUGCCAUGAAUGCCCUGGUUCGAGCCUCUGCCAUCAUGUCUAAUGGACCAUUUAUUCUCAAUCUUGAUUGUGAUCACUACAUUUACAACUCCCAAGCAUUGAGGGAAGGCAUGUGCUUCAUGAUGGAUCGAGGAGGUGAUCGUAUCUGUUAUGUCCAAUUUCCUCAGAGAUUCGAAGGCAUUGAUCCUUCUGACCGAUAUGCCAAUCACAAUACUGUUUUCUUUGAUGUAAACAUGAGAGCACUUGAUGGGCUUAUGGGUCCCGUCUAUGUCGGGACUGGAUGCCUCUUUCGAAGGGUUGCUCUUUAUGGAUUUGACCCUCGUCGAGCAAAAGAGCACCAUUCUGGUUGCUGCAGGUGCUGCUUUGCUCGUCGAAAAAAGAAUUCCUUCGUUUCCAAUACCCCAGAAGAGAAUCGGGCUCUAAGAAUGGGUGAUUCUGAUGGUGAGGAGAUGAACCUAUCCCUGCUCCCUAAGAGGUUUGGGAACUCCAGUUUCCUUAUUGAUUCUAUCCCAGUGGCUGAGUUCCAAGGUCGCCCCCUUGCUGAUCACCCAGCUGUUAAGAAUGGACGCCCCCCCGGUGCUCUCACUAUUCCCCGUGAACUUCUUGUUGCCUCAACUGUUGCCGAGGCAAUUAGUGUCAUCUCCUGCUGGUAUGAAGACAAGACUGAGUGGGGACAGCGUGUAGGGUGGAUUUAUGGGUCUGUUACUGAAGAUGUAGUCACUGGAUAUAGAAUGCAUAACAGGGGAUGGAAAUCUGUUUAUUGUGUGACCAAGCCUGAUGCCUUCCGUGGAACUGCUCCAAUCAAUCUGACUGAUAGGCUUCAUCAAGUCCUUCGGUGGGCAACUGGUUCCGUUGAGAUUUUCUUCUCUCGUAACAAUGCUUUGCUUGCCAGCACAAGGAUGAAACUUCUACAGAGGAUAGCAUACCUCAAUGUUGGAAUAUAUCCUUUUACUUCGAUCUUUCUGAUUGUCUACUGCUUCCUUCCUGCACUUUCUCUAUUUUCUGGCCAGUUUAUUGUGCAGACCCUCAAUGUCACUUUCCUUGUUUACCUUCUGACCAUCACUGUGACACUCUCCAUGCUCGCUGUGCUGGAGAUUAAAUGGUCCGGUAUUGAUCUAGAAGAGUGGUGGAGGAAUGAACAGUUUUGGUUAAUUGGAGGUACUAGUGCUCACCUUGCUGCUGUGCUCCAGGGGCUACUGAAAGUCAUUGCUGGAAUCGAAAUUUCUUUCACCUUGACAUCUAAAUCAGGUGGUGACGAUGUAGAUGAUGAGUUUGCUGAGCUUUAUAUUGUUAAAUGGUCGUCGCUAAUGAUACCGCCAAUCACGAUCAUGAUGGUGAACUUGAUUGCCAUAGCAGUUGGGUUUAGCAGAACAAUAUACAGUGUGAUACCACAAUGGAGCCGACUAUUAGGCGGUGUUUUCUUCAGUUUCUGGGUGUUGGCUCAUCUCUACCCGUUCGCGAAAGGACUGAUGGGAAGGAGAGGAAGAACACCAACCAUUGUUUUUGUCUGGUCAGGUCUUAUUGCAAUCACCAUAUCCCUCCUUUGGGUUGCAAUCAACCCUCCUGCUGGUAACAACACAAUUGGAGGCAGUUUUCAGUUCCCUUGAUUAGGACAUUCUUCACUGUUGAGCUGGAAUCUUUGUUUUAUUUUCUUUCUUUAAAUUUAAUACUAUUGAAAAAAAAUUAUGUGA